AGUUGGGGCUCUUAUUGUUGGCAGCAAAGUGAAUUUCUGAUUUGUAAAUAUAAACACAUUUUGCCUCUCGUAAACGUGUGUUGACAAUGUCUACGAAACAGCUAAGUGGUCACGGUAAAAGAAAAUUGAAGAAAAAACGAAAUGAUGGACAAUUUUCUAGAUAAAAAUCCUACUGAGACUGAAAACGUACAGAAUGCAAAGGAAGUUUCCAUAACAGAUAAAGUAGAACUUGAAGCAGAUGCCUUUGAACACAUUUCUGGUACAUCAGAAUUUGAUGAGGUUUGUGAAAAAUCAUCCCCGGUUUGUAAAGGAACUGGUUUUGUUGAAGAAGAAAUAACUACAUUUAAUCAGCACGUAGAUGAUCCAUCAAACCUGUCUGAGCAUUCAUGUAAAUCAAAUAAUUCAUAUUAUAGUUAUGUUGGUUUAUGGCCUGAAAGUUUUUCAGAUAAUUUUCGGGAAUACUUUGUAUUGAACAAACCUGAACAGAACAUUCAAUUAAUUGCCAACUCUAGAUGUAUGAUUGGAAACAAAGAAAGAGUUUUGACUGAGGCAAGUUUUUUCAGAAAAAAGAAAAAUAAUGAAUUACUCAAAAGAGAAUGGCUGGUUUUCUCACCAGCAAAAAAUGCAGUGUUUUGCUACAUAUGUAAACUAUUCAGUGCUAGUGACAAAUCGCUUUGCAAAGGAGGCUUUUCUUAUUGGAAAAAUACUUCAGAGAGGUUAAAAGAGCAUAAGAACUCAAUGGUUCACAGGAAUUCUGUGCUUGCUUUAUCUCAAAGGUUAACCUCUUCUAUGAGAAUUGAUAGCAAGCUAGUGGAAGAAUAUGCAAAUGAACGGUUGUAUUGGCGAAAAGUGCUAGCUCGAAUUGUUGCAACAACUCAGUUUCUUUGCCAACGUGGGUUAGUAUUUUUUGGAAGAGACGAGACGAUUGGUUCAUUUCACAAUGGUAAUUUUCUUUGCAUUCUUGAAUUAUUGGGCAAGUUUGACCCUUUUUUAGCUGAACAUUUAGCUAAAUAUGGAAAUACGGGGACUGGCAAUGUAAAUUACUUGUCUUCUACAGUUGUUACUGAAUUAAUCAGCAUUAUGAGUCAGAAGGUACUCAAUAGAAUUGUAACAGAAGUACAAACUUCUAAAUAUUAUGGAUUAAUUGUAGACUCAACGCCAGACAUCACACACAACGAUCAGCUUUCAAUUGUGCUAUGUUACGUGGAUAAAAGUGGUAGACCAUUGGAAAGGUUUGUCAAGUUUUUAAACAUUUAUAGUCAUGACUCCCUCACUCUAUGCACAGUUAUAACUAGUUUCUUAGAAAAUUUAGGGGUUGAUAUUAAAAAUUGUAGAGGCCAGUCAUACGACAAUUCCAGCAAUAUGUCUGGAAAAUACUCAGGCCUUCAAGCUCGAAUUAAAGAGACUUCUCCUACAGCAGAAUAUAUUCCAUGCUCUGCUCACUCUUUAAAUUUGGUUGGAGUAGCAGCUGUCGAGUCUUGUGAACAGGCUAUUUCUUUCUUUGGCCUGAUCCAGAGUAUUUAUAAUUUCUCCUCAGCAUCGACCCAUAGAUGGGCUAUUUUGUCCAAAAAAUUAAAAAAUAAACUCACUGUUAAGUCCCUUAGUAUAACAAGAUGGUCUGCUGCUGCAGAAGCUACAAAGUCAUUGCAGG